AAGAAUCAAUUGGAACCAUUUCUGAACUUCAAACAAGUUCCCUCCAGACUCACGGCAAUCAUCUCUCAGGAUUAAUCUCACCGGUAAUAUGGCAAUGUACAGAUACGCAGCUUUCGCUCUGCUUGCACUUCGCGCGAUAGGCGUUGCUGCUGAUGCAAAGGUAAAUUCCAGCUCCCAUGUCAAACAACCUCAGAGCUUCAUAAAAGCUAACCAGCUCCCUCCAGGUGGAAGAAAAGGUCGAGACGCCUGCGCCACUACCUAACCUCAAUGUCUCGGUCUCUGCAUCCUUCCCACAAGCUGAAGUCUUCGGCGUCAAGCUCGUCAAUGGCCACGCGACACAAGCUCUCCUCGAGUUCACCAACAGCGAGAAGGAGCCAGUACAAGUCGCAGUCAUCGGCGGCGCAUUGUCUAGUUUGCAACCUUUGAAGACGGGAGCUCAUCCUAGCUCGUUGAUCGUCCGCAAUAUCACUGGGACCCGUUACGAUGUUGAGAUUCCGGCUGGGGAGAAACAGACUCUGCCGUUUACCUUUACUACCGACCUUCAUCCCACCGAUUUGCGCUUGAACAUUAUUGCCGUGGUGACGAGUAAGAAGGGGGAGGUGUAUCAGGUUCAGGCGUACAAUGAGACGGUUAGUGUAGUUGAGGCUGCUACUAGUAUUUUUGAUCCUCAAAUGUAACUACAGACCUACUACCCUGGCUUUACAACGCAAAUCCCAAGAUUCAAGUGCUAAUUAUCUGCAGCAUCUUCUUGUACCUCGUUCUCUUGGCCGGAUUCGUCGGAACUCUCUACUUCGUCUACAAGACCUGGAUCGAGACCCUUUUCCCUCAAACCAAGCGCGGUGGUCUUGGUGGAGAGCGCGCAAAGCGUUCCUCGUUGGGCACCAAGAAGGCUGUCUCUCCAAAGGAUCAGGUCUCUGUCAUUGGCGCUGAUGGGCCGGCUGUGACUACUGGGGCUUUGGCACAGAAGGCUUAUGAUGAGAGCUGGAUUCCCGAGGGUCAUAUUAACCGUCCUUCUGCUAAGCGUGUCAAGAGUGGUGCGACGAAGACUAAGGUUGCUGCUAAAUAAGAGCUUGGGUUGGCUUGGGUUGUUGGGGAUAUAUUCUUAAUUAUUGAGAUCAACGUUGCUUAUAUGGGCCUGCUGGGUGGUUGGGCGGACAUAUUACGUUUGGAAUGAAAUGCAUAGAGGGCGCUAGGGUUUUGA